CCCUGGUUCGUGAAGCUCAGUGGCUCAGUGCAUCAAGAUCCCUCUCUCUCUCUCGCUCUCUCGCUCUCUCCUUCUCUCAUUCUCUCUCUUCGUAAGCUACGAAAUCGAAGAUGACCAAGGGACCGGGACUCUUCUCCGAUAUCGGCAAGAAAGCCAAAGAUCUUUUGACUAAGGACUACAAUUCCGAUCAGAAAGUCACUGUUUCCACCUACAGCGGCGCCGGAGUGGCCCUUACUUCAACAGCCGUGAAGAAAGGUGGACACUCAGUUGGGGAUGUUGCAGCACAGUAUAAGUAUAGGAAUACUCUUGUUGAUCUCAAAGUUGACACAGACUCAAUUAUCUCUACUACACUCACAUUUACUGACAUUAUUCCUUCCACCAAGACUAUUGCUUCAGUUAAGCUGCCUGAUUAUAAUUCUGGCAAGUUAGAGGUUCAAUACUUCCAUGACCAUGCUACCUUGACAACAGCCAUUGCAAUGAACCAAUCCCCUAUCAUUGAUGUUUCUACCACUGUUGGUACCCCAAGCAUUGCGAUUGGUGGUGAGGCAGGCUAUGAUACUACUUCAGGCCGUUUUACUAAGUACACUGCUGGGAUUAGUUUCUCAAAACCCGAUUCAUCUGCUUCGAUAAUCCUUGGUGACAAGGGUGACACCAUCAAAGCAUCAUAUCUCCAUCAUCUGGACCUGUUAAAGAUGAGCUCAGCUGUUGCAGAGAUCACUAGAAGGUUCUCUACAAAUGAGAACACUUUCACAGUUGGAGGCUCUUUUGCUGUUGACCAUCUUACACAGGUCAAAGCAAGGCUUAACAAUCAUGGAAAGCUUGGCGCCCUCCUGCAGCAUGAGAUCAUACCAAAGUCAGUGCUGACUGUUUCUGGUGAGGUUGAUACCAAGGCCCUAGAUAAAAAACCCAGGUUUGGAUUGGCAAUUGCCCUCAAACCUUGAGGGUUUUCUUCUGUAAUUCAAGAAUGCAUUGUAUGAAUUCCAAACUUGAUUCAAUUUUUUUGGGGUGGCCCUUGAAGUGAGGGCAGAAUAAGUAGUGCCACUGAUGAGUGUUUCUGGGUUCUUGACGACUAAAUUAUUUCAAUAACUUGGUACCUGCCAUUUGCUUUUUGUUUCACAUUUUGUUUCACAUUUUGUUUCAUUCUUGUUUCCCUCUUAUAUUGUAGACGGCAUUCUGAGAUACAGGAGUCCUGUUUCUUAUGAGAAGUUAUAUUAUGCAUUUUCCCCUAAAA